AUGACGUCUAGCACUAGAGUUUACAUUGGCCGUCUCUCGUACAGAGCAUCUGAAAGAGAUAUUGAGCAUUUUUUUCGAGGUUAUGGACGCAUUCGGGAUAUGGUAUUGAAGAAUGGAUUUGGGUUUGUUGAAUUCGAUGAUCCCCGCGAUGCAGAUGACGCUGUGUAUGAAUUGAACGGCAAGGAAUUAUGUGGUGAACGAGUUAUUCUCGAGUUUUCUCGUAAGCUGCCUGCAAGACGAGGUGGUUAUGGAGGUUAUGAUCGGCGUCCACCGCCUAGAAUGUCAAGGUAUGGGCCGCCUCAGCAAACGCGUCACCGGUUGAUUGUGGAAAAUUUGUCGUCACGUUGUUCUUGGCAGGAUCUGAAAGAUAUCAUGCGUGGGGCUGGGGAAGUGACUUACGCAGAUGCCCACAAGCAACAUGCAAAUGAGGGGAUUGUUUGUUUUGGGACUCGUGCUGAUCUGAAACGGGCUAUUGAGAAAUAUCAAGGCAAAGAUAUAAAUGGUAAAAGAAUCAAGUUAAUUGACGACUCAGAGAAGACAGACAGCGACCGCAGCCGUUCAAGGACAAGAUCCAGGUCACGCUCUCGAAAGAGCGGCUCUUCUCGUUCUAGGAGCCGCAGCAAGUCUCGCUCUGAAAGCCCUGGAAAGGAGAAAUCGAAAUCUCGUUCUCAUAGCCGUUCCGAAUCUCAAUCCAGAUCUCGCUCUCGUUCACGUUCACAGUCUUAUUCGCAAAAGCCAGAUGAAGAGAUGAAAGAAGAGACAAAACGCAGUCCAUCUCCUGAAGAGGAGCAGUAA